AUGGCUUAUUUCGGCGAUACAAGUCAAAUAUUGGUAGAUACUACAGAUGUUUUUACAACUGAUCAAAAAUUUGCUACCCCAGAUGAUGUUGUCACAUGGGCUCGAGAUGUUGGAGAUGCCAAUAAAGUCGGUAUUAUCAUUACUCGGUCGGAUAAAAAGAACGGAAUAAGAGGAAGAAAUGACAAGUUGAUUUUGGGUUGUGACAAAGGUGGAAAGUAUGACUCUUCAGAAAGUUCCACGACAACUGCAUCGAAAAAGUGUAACUGUCCAUUUAAAAUUAGAGUUGCACCUUCAACAGAUGGUUCAGGAUGGAAAGUUCAGGUUAUUCAUGGAGUUCACAACCACAGGCUACCUGACCAAUAUCAUGGUCAUCCUCGCAAGGCACGUUUAACCGCUGAUGAAAACAAACGUGUUGAAGAUUUGACAAAGCGUAAGGUAGCACCAAGGCACAUUGUUUUAGAUUUGAAAGAUCAAAAUCCAGAGUCUGUUGUUGAUGCCACGCUUGUAUAUAGGAAAAGACACAUGAUGCAAAUACAACAAAGAGGCUCCAGAACAGAGCUGCAACACUUGCUGCAGUGGUUAGAUGAUGCAAAAUAUGUCAGCUGGAAUAGAAGAAAAGAUGAUGGCUCCGAUGUUUUGAGUGAUAUUUUUUGGGCGCAUCCAGAUUCAAUCAAGUUGUUGAACUUGUUUCCCAUUGUUUUGGUUAUGGACUGCACAUACAAAACUAAUAAAUAUAGACAGCCACAGUUUGAAAUUACUGGCAUAACGUCAACUAACAUGACAUUUGUUGUUGGAUUUGCUUACAUGGAAUCUGAGAAGACGAACAAUUAUUAUUGGGCGUUAGGUAAUGAAAUUCUGCCAAUAUACAAAAACCCAACAGGUAAGUUGAAGGAAUUGGUUACUAAGCAAGAUAUAUUUCCUAAAGUAAUUUUGACCGACAGGGUGUUUACUUUGAUGAAUGCAAUUAAAGAUAUAUUUCCACAUACUACUAAUAUGCUUUGUACGUGGCACAUAAUAAAAAAUGUGAAUACGAGAUGCACCCUGCAUAUACCUAAGGAUAUGCGACAGAAGGUGAAAAAUUUGUGGAGAAAUGUUGUUGAAAGUCCAGAUGAGGUGGAGUAUCAGCAGCGACUGAAUGCGUUUCAGCAAGCAUGUGUUAAUUCAAGCAAAGUUGAGUCUGCACAUUGGAAACUGAAGCAAAUGUUGGAACACAGCAAAGGAGACUUAUGCAAGUCUUUGGAAGCCAUGAAUAACAACAUAAUACUAGAAGUUGACAAAAUUAAGAAGUCUUUUCAAAAAAGUUUUUACUAUGCAGAGAAGACGCACAAUAGUCCAUUUUUUCAAUAUUUGAGAAACUUUGUCUCUAGGGCCGCUAUGACACUAAUUUCUGAUGAGAUGAAGAGAAUUGGCAUUGUUGGAACAGAUAAAAACUUGUGUGGUUGCAAACUUAGGUCAACAUGUGAGUUGCCUUGUGCUUGUGAAUUGGGUGGAUAUACAACCAGCGGUGUACCGAUACCAUUAGAUUCAGUUCACGGUCACUGGAAGAAAUUAACUAUGGAAGAACCAUUGGAGGAUGACACAGAGGAUGAAUAUGAGUUGGACAUGAGUCAUGCAAUGGAGGCAAUAUGGACUCGAUUUCAGUCACUUGAUAUUGUUGGUAAAAGAGCGUUGAAGAGUAAAGUGUUUGAACUUGCUUAUCCAGCCUCAAGUUCAUUGUGUCCACCACCUGAAAAAAUAAAAACCAGAGGAGUGAAGAACAAAGAUAAAGGCAAAGCACCAAAGGGUUAUGAUGUGUAUCGUGAUCCAUCAUACUUUGAACAUGUUGAAUGA